CUGAGUAAUAAUGACAGUGUUAGUCAGAUGUAAAGGAGACAUGCUAAAAAGUCUGUAAAGCAAGUAUGAAGGACAAAUUUAAACUAGAAAUGGGACCGGGGAGGCAAAGGGUGUGUACUGGUGAGAUGUGAGAUUGUGUGAGAUUUUCAAUAUAUUGUCAAAACGUUCAGAGGUUGGGAGACCUUCCAGUGGAACUGCUAUCCUACUGUCUUUUGCCAUGACAAGAGCAGGUGCCAUCAGACUCAGCAUCCUCUUCUUCCUCACCUUAAUCCUGUGUCUACCAGAGUUUUUUCCAAAAGUAUCACAGAUUCAGUUUCUCUGUGAGCCUUUUGACCCUUGUACACCUGAAAAUGGCUCAAAUGAUGCACAGGCAUGUGGCCAGGCUGAUCGUACAUGUACUACAGUGAUAACAAAUGCCAGAAGUCAGGACAGACAUGGGGAAGGCUGGUAUCUGUGUCAGGCUGAGAUGGAUCUGCAUGAUCUCCAGAACAAUACCUUGCAGCCAGGAGAGCAUGUGAUGAUGGUACUGACACUAAAGGCAGACAAUCUCUCUGCAUGGAACAUUAGUGUUUUUGCAUUUCUCAACCACACUGACCUGUACACUGGACCUCAAAGAGACCAGAGACUAUUCUACUGCUACAUUUCACCAGACAAAAGCAAAUGUCCAGAUCUAAACAUGUCCACAGAAGAACCCACAAAAGAAAACUCACGCCCUCCAAGACCAAACACCUCCACUUUAAAAACCACUACUUCUACAAAAACAGUCACCUCUUCAAUCAAAAAGAUUACACUAUCUAUGCAAGUAACUAAUUCUACCCAUGACCUCAACUGCCAACAAAGAAGCAGUGGUUACCUUUUUUACUACCAGGAAAACAAUCAGACAGCAAGAUCUCCUGCAUAUCCAGUGACACACACAAAAGUAGAGAGUUGGUGCAGUGUGAUUCCUGGAGUGUGGCUGAUUCUGGUAGGGAUUGUGGUAGUGGUGGCUUUACUGAGUGUGGGCUGCCUGAUCUCCAAGAGCAGACAUCUUUACCAUAGAACGUCCCAUUUGGUGGCAUAUGCACCAGUUUCAGCUCGUGACUGUCGGCUCAAAGAGCUCAACAGGAAAAGAGAAAAUUCGAUGUGCAACGCUCCUAAUGUUUCCAUUGCGAUAUGCAGCAUUGGUGAUGAUGAUGAAGAUGAAGAUGAUGUAUUCUCUGAGAUCUCUUCAACAGAGAACAGAACGGAUGGAUUGUCACCUAUUUUUGAGAUGUCAGAGACAUCACUUGAUGAAAAAGACCGUGAGGAAGAUGGGGAAGACGGUCAGUGUAAUGCCCUGGUAAUAAAGCAAGCUCAUCGAAGCAACCCUUCUUGCUCCAGUCAUGAAAAAGAUGAAGAACUUUAAGCAGAGGGACUUAUAUAAUAUAGAUUAGACUAUUUAUUUACUAUCACAUGACCUGUUGAAUUUGCUUCUGCUACUUUCACAUGAAGUAGACAUGAGCAUAAAAUUUUAAAGGAAUAGUUCACCCAAAAAUGACAAUUCUGUUAGACCCACAUUAUAUUAGGUGUCUUUAACUACUACUUGAUCAUUUGAUACAAUGUACUUAUUAUGUACAUACAGUACUGUGCAAAAGUCUUAGGCACAUAAGAUGUUUCACAAAAACAUUUGUCUUAAGAUGGUUAUUUAUAUCUUCAGCUUUAGUGUGUCAAUAGGAAAAAUACAUUUUAGACUCCCAAACAUUACUUUUACAAAUAGAAUAGAAUAGAAUAGAAGAACAGCCACCGACAGCAGUAAAAGCAACAACAACAACAACAAAAAUAUACAUAUAUUUACUUUUAUCUGGGAAAUAAAAUUAUGGUUACUCCAGAGAUGCUUGCGUAUCAGACGCUGGAAAUGUCCCGCCCCUUACUGAAACGGAAAAUAUGAUUGGUUAGCAAAUAUCCAGUCGCGCCUUAAAUGAACGUUCUGAUUGGUGGAUCAGCUUAGUCGGACUGUCUGUCUUGCCAGUGGCAUCAGUUGCGCUCCCGCAGCUCGACGUUUAGAGAAAAUAUCUGUACAUUUAUAUAAUCCUAACCCACAUAUACAUACACAGUUCACUCAACGGUGCUGCGGCAAAAAGUUCUGGUUCAAAAGACUACUCAUUGUUCUGGCAGCCAUACGUAUCAUCACUUAUUUCAGGUGGGCAUACGCAAAAUCCUAAAAAAGAUAGGUGGACAUACGGCGUAUGCCCUAGACUACACUACUGUCCAGAAGCUGUUUCUCUAAUUUCUCUCAUUACCUCUACAAGGCACAGGUUGAUCCCUCUUGUUUGAACGAGCCUUGUGACAGCGCAAGCGCUUGUGUCUUUCAUCACGCGUUAAAAUGGGCGGAGGAAGAAAUAGUUCCCAUCCUGCACAAGUAUUUGCUAAUAUAGACUAAUCCUUUUUAUUUCACUUUGAAUAUUAUGAUUAUUAUUCAUGUUCAUGGUAACCAAAUAAUAAUAUCCCUAGUUUUAGAAUCGAUAUUUUUGGUGUGGAUUGAUCUUUUUGAUACAACAUGAGUAUCGGAAGUAUCGAUACUUUAGGAUCGAUCCGCCCAUUUCUACUUCUCAUUCAACAUUUGGUAAAAUGCUUGUCAGAUGCAGUUCUCAAUGCAUGUUAUAAGCGGACGGAACUGUUGAUCAUCUACAUCUGAGAUAGAGUUCGUGUGGAGCGACCACAUAUUGCGCUGAGCAGUGCAUCUGCGCUUGUUUAUGUGUGUGUUAGCACUACUUAGCUGUGCAUGCUGACUGUAUAUUUAUUAUUAAACGCAGCCUUUUACAAUUCACAAAGCUUUUGGAUGACUGUAAGAGCCUGAAUAGAAUGCACGAGUUAUAUGGACUACUUUAAUGGUGAUUUUAAGGUUAUUUAUGCCAUUAAUUGAGCUUGACAAUAACAUCAAUGACCAACAUGCGGUAUCGGAUUUGUAUCGGGCUUGUCGGACUGAUACCCCAUCCUGGUAAAAACGUAAGUAUCGGACCCGAUACCGAUCCAGGUAUGGUGUCCGUGCAAUCCCUAACCUAAACCCUAUAGGUGCCUCAACCUCAGUAGCACCAAAUGUGAAUCUUUUGAGAAUUUUGCAAAACAACAUGUAGUUACACAAUAAGUACACUAUAUUGCAUGUAUUUUAAUGCUAGUACAUAGUUAAAGACACUUACUAUAUAGUGUGACCAUAUAGUGUGUCGUCAUUUACUCUCCCGCAUGUUGUUACAAAACUGUAUGACUUGGGACAGGCAGAAUGACAGACUCAGUCACCAUUCACUUUCUCUGUAUGGAAAAAUAUGCACAAAAAAAAUAAAAAAUAAAAAAAAUAAUUAAAAAAAAAAGUACAUGGUGAUUAAAGCUAUCAUUCUGCCUAACAUUUCAUUUUGUGUUCCACAGCUGAAAGAAAGACAUAGGUCAUAUUUGAACAGCAUGAGCGUGAGUAAAUGAUGACAGAAAACAGUUUUUCAGCAAUGAUAAUUCUGGCUGGAUUAUUUUGACCUUUAGCUCUAUAAAUACACAAUGUUAAGAAAAUUAAAUCACCUUGAGAACUUAGAGGAAAUACACUUUUUGCAACAUGACGAGAUUUGGUUAAGGUGUUAGCAGAUCACAUUCAGUACACUGAAUUUCACCUGCAGUUAAAAGCUUCGUUUUGUUUCCAAUUUUGUAAUUUGGUUGGAAACAUAAACUGCAGUGUGUGGUUCUCUAAUAACCAUUUAGUAAGCAGUAUGGAUACACUAAUGUGAUUUCUUAAUUAUGUGCAGUGGCGGACUGGCCAUUGGGAGAACCGGGACUUUUCCCGGUGGGCCGGCCACGAAAUGGGGCCGCAUGGGCCGCCAAACGCGCAACAAAACGGCGCAGCGAUAUGCAGAAAAGGACAGCAGUUUCUGUUUCUAUGUAAUAAUUUCUAUGUGACACCAGUCUAAAGCUUGUGGGUAUUAAAAAUAAGAUUUACGUCAAUCUUCGAAAAGAAUACUUUUUAAAUAAAUCAUUUGCAGAUAUUAUACAUUAAACUAGUGUCAGUUACAAAAUAUAACAAUUGGAUAGUGCAUUUUUAUUGAGUUGUAACUAAAUAUUGUGUAAGAUAAUUGUUCAUUUAAAUUCAGCAGUUUUGAGUACCUAUGUUUAUUUUUUUUUUGCAAUCGGAAAAUUGCAAUAUGUUCAGAAAGGCAUUAAAUUGGCCAUCAGCCUUCUAGAUAUCAGUAGAUAUCUAUUGGACCACUAGUCAAUGCUUUCUCUUCAAAGAAAAAUUAAAUAAGAUUUGACAAGAGAACUGGCCAUUUUGACAUGCUAAAUGCCAUUUGUCCUUCAAAAUAUUAUAAUAUAUUCUUCAUUUCAUUCAAAUAA